AUGAUGGCUGGGGAAGCUCUAGUCGACAUCAUUUCCAUAUUUUGCACCUGUGUCAUGAUGAAGAUCAUUUUUUGCAUUCGUCCGUUUCACGUCAACAUGACUCACAUCUACUUUUGGUUCAUGCUCCAAUAUUUUCAAUGUCCACUGGCUCGUUGGCUUCUUUUGCCUUAUGAGCAAGGCUGGGUCCGAGUUACUGGUGAGUUCUUUCAUUAUUUAUUCAUUUUGAUCGUUCAAAAAUCCUUUUUUGGGUUCAGACACUGAAGAAGCAAGUACUUUGACAGAUUAUUCGGUCCAACAAUAAUUAAUUUUUUGAUUUCGCAUGAUUUGAGCUCGAAUCAGAAAGGGUGUUAAGAAAAAAAGGGAAGAAAAAAAGCCGCCAUGGGAGAUUAUACGCUUCACUGAUGAUAUAACUUCGGAAAAAAAUUUCUUCUUACUCGAUAUAUUUAUUGGAACGAAGGGGAAAUAAAAUAAAUUUUAACUCUAAUUCACAAAAAAAUGAGAACAUCUUUGAACUAAAAACCUUGGAAGCUUUGAAUUAGAAAAACCUUGAUUUUUUUAACCUUUUUCAAUUAUCUUCAAUUAAAAAGAAUCCGUGAAAAAAAUCACUUCUGUAAAAAUAGCCGCUUUCAAGAAAGAUUUUGCGCUCCAUGGAUAAAUGAGGCAUUUUAUUCUUUGAAAAAAAAGCCGUCUUUGGAAGAGAUUUUGCGCUCCAUGAAUAAGUGAGCCAUUUUGGUCUUCAAAAAAUAUAGCCGUCUUCAGAAGAGAUAAUGUGCUCCAUCGAUAAAUGAGGCAUUUUGGUGUUAAAAAAAUAGCCGCUUUUGGAAGAGAUUGUGCGCUCUAUGGAUAAAUGAGGCAUUUUGGUGUUAAAAAAUAGCCGCCUUUGGAAGAGAUUGUGCGCUCCAUGGAUAAAUGAGGUAUUUUAAUCUUUCAUAGCCUACUUUGAAAGAGAUUAUGCGCUCUACCGAUAAACGAGGCUGUUGUUCUUCGAAAAUAGCCGCCUUUAGGAGAGAUAAUGUGCCCCAUGGAUAAGUGAGGCAUUUUCAUUUCAAAAAAAAAAAAAAACAUAAAUAGCCGCCUUUGGAAGAGAUUGUGCGCUCCAUGGAUAAAUGAGGUAUUUUAAUUUUUUUCAUAGCCGUCUUUGAAAGAGAUUAUGCGCUCUACCGAUAAAAGAGGCAUUAUAGUCUUCAGCCGAAUUUGAUUGAGAUAAUGCGCUCCAUGGAUAAGUGAGGCAUAUUUAAAAAAAAACAGCCGCCUUUGGAAGAGAUAAUGCGCUCCAUGGAUAAGUGAAGCAUUUGGUUCUUUAAUUUUACCUAUUUUUGCCAUUAAUACCGACUUCUGUCAAAUAGUCAGAAAAAACAGCCUCGAAAAGCAAAGAAUAUACGCUCCAUCGAGAAUUCGAGUAUUUAUAUUUUCUGAAGAUUUUCCUUCUCAUAAUCUUCGCUUGAAACUUGGGAUUCCAUAAAUUGAACCUCGAAAUUUUCAAAAAACAGUCAUAAAUACCCAUUUUUCCUACUCAACUUUUGCUUCAAAAUAUCCUUUUCCAGUCCUGGACAAAAGGUACGCCUCGUGGUACACGGAAGACGUGAGAGAAAUGCCACACGCCGAAUUCGUCUGGACUUGUUUCCCACUGAUUUUGGGUGGCUUCUUCCGAUUCGCCUACAUUGUUUCGGUUGUUCAUUUUAUCUGCAUUUUCGCACUUGAGCGAACGGCUGCAUCUUAUUUUCUGAGGUAA